CCUGAACCCAAGACUGACUGCGGGGUCGUGAGCCCUUCCAAACUUCUCCAACCACCUGACAACCCUAGGACUCCCAGAGGAAGCCGUGAUAUCAAAGAAGACCACACAGGACCAGGACCUUCCCAUGGACCCUUCUCAGGAUAUUCCAAUAGCACAAGCAAGGGUGUUCCUCUAAGACAAAAGGAGCCACGAUCCUUUGAGAAGUGCCAUGGUGGUCAGGAGAAGCAGAGGUAGCUCCCAACAGUUGCCUAGCCUGGGACAGGGUGGUUGUACAAGUCUCCUAGAUAUGCUCAGAGCUACCCUGCUGCUCAUCAGCCUUCCAUGGGGGGCCCAAGUGAUGGCCAGUGCCAACCUCAGCACUGCUCUCAGCCACACUGUGCCACUGACUGGUGGUCACUAUUUGAGCAUUGGGGAUGGCUCAGUGACAGAGUUUGAGUUCCCUGAAAAGAGUGAGGGUAUCAUUGUGAUCUCUAGCCAAUACUCAGGACAGGCCAAUGGGACAGGAGUCAGCCCCACACUGAGGGUUAUAUCCCUGGACACAGAGGUACUAACCAUCAAGAAUGUGAGUGCCAUAACCUGGGGCAGUGGGGGUGGCUUUGUGGUGAGCAUCCACUCAGGUCUGGCUGGGCUGGCCCCACUCCACCUCCAGCUCAUGGACUUCCAUGAGGCCCCACCCUUGCUGAUUGAAGAACGAAAAGAUUUCUGCAUCAGGGUGUCACCUGCUGAAGAUAUCCCUUCUACCCUCAACCCCAACUUGGGCCACUUCUCAGAGAACCCAAUUCUGUACCUGCUCCUGCCUCUUAUCUUUGUCAACAAGUGUUCAUUUGGGUGCAAAGUGGAACUUGAAGUUUUGAAGGAGCUUCUGCAGAGCCCCCAACCCAUGCUGUUGGGUCUCUUGGGCCAGUUUCUGGUCAUGCCCUUCUAUGCUUUCCUGAUGGCCAAAGUCUUCAUGCUACCCAAGGCCUUGGCUCUGGGCCUCAUCAUUACCUGCUCAUCACCUGGCGGUGGGGGGAGCUAUCUUUUCAGUCUCCUCCUUGGAGGAGAUGUCACCCUGGCCAUCUCCAUGACUUUCAUCUCAACAGUAGCUGCCACGGGUUUCCUGCCACUCUCAUCAGCUCUCUACAGCCGUCUUCUCAGCAUCCAUGAAACACUCCACGUGCCCAUCUCCAAGAUACUGGGGACUCUGCUGUUCAUCGCCAUCCCCAUAGCAGCAGGUGUGGUGAUCAAGUCUAAGCUCCCCAAGUUCUCAGAGCUGCUGCUACAGGUCAUCAAGCCCUUCAGCUUUGUACUUCUCCUAGGUGGCCUAUUCCUGGCCUACCACAUGGGGGUCUUCAUCUUAGUGGGAGUCAGGUUACCCAUUGUACUGGUGGGCUUCACAGUGCCUCUGGUUGGCCUCUUGGUGGGCUACAGCCUAGCCAUGUGCCUGAAGCUGCCGGUGGCCCAGAGGCGAACAGUCAGCAUUGAGGUAGGGGUGCAAAACAGCCUGCUAGCCUUAGCCAUGCUGCAGCUGUCUCUGCGCCGCCUUCAAGCAGACUAUGCUUCUCAGGCCCCCUUCAUUGUGGCACUGAGUGGUACCUCCGAGAUGCUGGCUUUGGUUAUUGGCCAGUUCAUCUACAGCAGCUUGUUUCCUGUUCCCUGAGGACCCUGGCUAAAGUUUUCUAACCCCAGUCCCCAUACUCCAUCCACUCUCCCCACAGUUCUUGUGUACCAAAGGCCUUUAGUUCUCAUGCAUUCAGACAAAUCCAGGCUUAUUUUUUGUUACUUUAUUUUUUCAGCUUUCAGUGCCAAAGAGGCCAAUGCUGAGUUAGAAAUAUAUUUCAAUAAAGGACAAAAGCAAGUUUGGGUCCAUUACAGUCUUUGUCCCUUGAAGCCUAUGAAUGGGGAUAGGAAGUGUGUCUGGGCUGGUAUGGGCCAGAAUGGUGAACAGGCUUGGUGAUCCUGCAGAGCCUACUCUCUCCUGGCUCCCUGUUUUGCACAUGGUAGACAAGUGUUGUACCUUUGAGCUGUAUCCCCAGACCUACAAAAGCUUUUCUCUAUCAGCUCUCCCCAACGGGGCAGACCUCUCUGUUCUAUAAUGAGUAAGGAGAUAAAAGGCCUGGGUUCAAUACUUCAGGGCCUCAGUCAGGAUAUUUUUGCAGCCAGACUAGAAAGGAAGAAGUAGAAAGCCUCGGGCUAUGGCAGGUAGGACUGGAUCAUUUCUGUAUCUGAGAGACAUCACUAGUCUGCACUGACUUGGUCCACCAGCAGCGUAGGAAUUAGCGCACCAGGCCUUGCCUGAAGCUGAC